AAUUUGUAUCUAUUAGAAAAGCUAAAAAAAAAUUCAUACACAAAAUAGUAUUCAUCAUGAAAGGUUCUCUAGUCAUCUACAUUACUAGCAUUAUUGCUCUAUCAGUUCUACUGAAUCCAUUGAGUGUACUUUCCCAAUCUACGCCUAAAAUUUCCUGUUCGGCUUAUAUGAAAUGUUCACAAAUAGCCGAUACUUCAUACGGACUCAUUGACGGCGUAUGCCGUAUAUUCCGUAAUCCUUGUUUACUUGCAUUUGAAAACUGUGAUCGUGAAGCUAGGAAUGAAAGUUUAAUCAUCCCAACUACCAAAGAAAAAUGCACACCUAGGUGCCCCAAUAUGUGUCCAAUGUACAUUAGUCCAAUUUGUGGAGAAUAUGUGAAGGAAAGAAGAACUUUUAAUAAUGAAUGUGAAAUGGAAAGAUACAGCUGCAAAAAUGGAAAAUCAUUCCGACUUCUCUCCCAAGGGCAAUGCCAAUCAAUAAAAGCUUAAAUAAAAACUCGCCAUUGGGAUGUACUUUUUAAGUUUUUGCUUCAAGUUUUAAAGAUAUUAGAUCCAAACAGCCAUUUUGUAAAUCAUAAUUCAAAUAAAAUUUUAAAU